AUGACUGAAUUCGUUACGCCACAACAACGCAUUAAAUCUGUGUUCGAUCUCAAUCCGUGGUUUUUUUCCAAGGUAUUUUAUGAACUAUUUUAUGUUCUCUAGCUUUAAUUGUAGGGAUACUCAGAAUACAUGCAGUUUUUAAAAGAGCUAAAUGAGUCUGUGAAAAGAUUGAAAACUACGGCAGACGUUCGGUGCAAUGAACAGAUCAUAAAGCUCGUAGAAGGAUUUGACACCAUACAGGUAAUUCAAUUUAAAAUCAUAUUAUUUUUGAGUGAGGAAUCAAAAUCAAAUAUUGAAUCAGAUAUAAUGAUAAUCGGUUUAGAAAUGGAUCGAUGAGACGGAACUGGAGCCGACAGAAGAGCAGAGGUUUGGAAAUAAGGCGUUUCGUAAAUUCUACGAGAAACUUUCUGUGGUAAUACGUCGGAAAGAGUCUCUUUUGCUAUUUAUAGUUAUCAGAAUGCCGAAAAUCUACUGCGAGGAGUUCUGCCAGCAUCAGUUCAUGAAGCCCUCGUCGAACUUCUUCCUUACUUUGUCGAUUCGUUUGGCAACGCAACGCGUAUUGAUUACGGCUCAGGUAAACUUGAGAAUAUUUAAGGGAGAAGCUCAUUUUUUAUCUAUAGGACAUGAAGCUAAUUAUUUGAUAUUUCUUCUAUGUCUUCGCAAACUCGAAGUUUUCACAGCGUCCGAUUCACCUGCUGUUGUUCUUCGGGUUUUCAACAAGUUUGUUUUGAAGUUUUUUUUUUGGAUAAUUACGUUCAAUAAAAGUUCAAUUAAUGUGGGCGAUUCAUAUUUUAUCAAUUUUCAUCUAUUUCAAUAGUUUUAAUAAGACAAUUCGGCAACUUAGGUCGGAUGAUAUAAUUUCAAAUAAAUUUUAAGAUAUCUACGUAUUUGUCGAGCACUUCAAACCAAAUUUCACAUGGAGCCGGCAGGCAGCCGAGGAGUCCACGCCAUAGAUGACUUUCAGUUUGCUCCGUUCAUAUUUGGAAGUGCUCAACUUAUUGGUUAGCCCUUCCUAGUUUUCUGUAAAUUAAAAAAUAGCAUUGUUUUUUGUGGUAUUGAUAAUAUAUUAUUGUUUUAUUUGUCUUCUACAAACUUUUUCAAUUCGUUUCGAUUUCUGCGAGAAGAGCUUAAAACUUUUCAAGCGUCAUUUUCAAAGCUAAAUUCUUUUUAAUUCCUAACUGGACAAUUGCCAAGAAUAAAAGCUUUACAAACUUCUUCAAACGAUCGGGUCAGAUUAUUGUAAAUUAUACUUUUUAGAGAGAACAAUAGUCAUUUUUUCAAAAAAAAAUUCAAAUUCGAUGUACUGAUACGCAGUUUCGAUUUAUUGAAUCCCAGGAAAUCGGAGGCUUGUGCCAGACUCUUACGUCAAUAAAACGACUGUCGAAGACCACGCCCACGAAAGCCUAUUUUUGGAUGCAGUUUUGUUUAUUUUCCAGGUGGAUUUUGACCAUUAAAAGUUCAUUGAAAGUUUAUUUAGACGAAAACCGGCCCUUUCCACGAACAUUCCAACCAAUUGUGGAACAUUUCUGCUGUUGCCAACUGGGAUAAAGUCAACGAGGGAAUGUUCAAAAUGUACGAGGGAGAGGUAUUUUUUCCAAUUUUUUUUUCAAUUUAAAGUGAAAAUUGAGCACUUUGAACUUUUUUUCUGCGCGGGAGAAGCUUGAUCCAAAAAUUUAACCUUUUUGGAUUUUCUUUUGUUCAUCCACGCUUUAUCGUGCUCUUUGAAACAAUAAAGGCUAACGACUCACAAUAUAUAAACAUUACAAUUACAAUUUAUUCAGUCUUCAGAGUAAGAUGAAAAAAAAAAAUCUCUGCUGAAUCAUGGUAUAAUCGAAGAGUUAGUCGUCGGCACGGGUUGCGGUCCACAAUCGUUGUCCAAUCAGUCCCGGCGUGACAGCUGGAGUUGGGAGAUAAUGUGAUCCCGUGGGUAGUACCAGCGAAUAAACUGCUUCACCAUGUUUGAACAGUACAGUGCCCAGCUUGUCCGGGGCCGACGGGCGUCGGAAUAUUAUCCCAUGAGAGAGCGGCAAUGAGACCGACUAGUCGACGUGAUGAAAUUAGAUAAUAAUAAACAUUGAAAUCGGCAAAUUACAAAGGUUUCGUAUGUUCAUUUUUUCAAUGAAAAUAAUCUGUUUAGGGAAAAAAAUUAAAAAAUAAUCUACAUUUUCAAAAAACCUUUAGAACAUUCAGAGAAAAAGUUUUUUUAUUUUCAAGGUCUUGAAAAAGUUCCCCGUGGUGCAGCACCUGGUUUUCGGCAGCCUCUUUUCGUUUGAACGCCGAGAGAACGUCGAAGAAAGUGAGAACAUGGAAGUUGCCGAGCCCUCGUACGGCGAAGUCGUCGAAACUGGCCAAAUCGGCGAGAAACCCAUGUCAACGGCCGCGGAACACGCUCCUCCGCCCAUGUACGAACCCUAG